UCGCAAAUUGAGACAUGGUUCGAAGGCGGAAGGCGGGGGAUGCUGCCUGCGGGAGGGCGGGAUGCUUCCUGCGCAACGCUGACGCGCGGACUGCUUUUGGUCCCUAUCCCGAAAAAGCAGACCGAACUUCUUUUCUCGAUCUCGAUUUAUGCGCAGGAGCUUAGCGCAGCGGAAGGCGCUUGCUCUUACACAGGAACACGUGGGAUCAAGACAGGCAAGCGCAACACACUUGAAGACAGAGAUAAGAUGGGGGGGGUCAAUUGGAGCUUGCAUCGUUGUUGCAAUAAAGAUCAAACGGUUUUUAUUGCUGUUACAGGAGUCUUUGUGCUGGUUAUUCUGGCACUUACAGGUGGAAAGGUUCAUGGAAUUAAGGUGGACACAAAUGAAGGUGGUGAAACAAUGACUUCAGGAGGCUGGUCAUCUUGCAUUCUCCCUGCAGGAUACCUUGGGUCAUCGUUCUGGGGUAUGGUGCUAGUCAUUAUGUCGACCGGCUAUUGGUCACGGAGAAUUGCAGCCAUUGCUUUAGGUUUUCUUCUCUUGUUGAUUGCCGUCUGGCUGCUGGACCAAUUCACCGUCGUAGAUGGGCUUGAAUACUUUAUUCUAUUUAUGGGUGUUAUGAAUGGGCUCUACUCUGUUUACGACAUUUACGAUGACACGAUUGCCAGAGCAUUACCCAAGAGUGAUGCUGAGAAAUUUGCAAGGGAGUGUCCUUGUCCCUGCAAUGGACGGAUGUGGGGUGUUAUUUGGAUUCUCAUCUCCUUCGGUUUCUUGGGCCUAGCAAUGUACUUCAGCUUGCUGGUCCUUGAUUGAAGCUUGUGCAACUGCGGAUUAGCUGCCGCACCUCCGUAUCUUCAACCAUUGGUUUCCCCCCAGCUGCUAUACGUCGCGAAACGGGACUUCGUGUUGAGGAUGGGACUUCGAGCAGAAUGGGACUUCGUGUCGAGAAUGGGACUCUGAGCACACUGGGACUUCGUGUUGCAAAUGGGACUUCGAGUACACUGGGACUUCGUGUCGAGAAUGGGACUCCGAGCAGAACGGGACUCCAUGCUGUGAAUGGUUCUUCCCAGAUGCUAUAUGUAGCAAGACAAGAAGAGUUAUUGCUCCUGCACAGUGUAUGUCGCCGCUAUGCCUUGGUGUUUUAGGGCUAUGGAUGGUCAGACAUGUUUCAGCCAACACUAGUGUGACAGCGAACCCCUUCUUAAGAGGAGAGGGCAUACGUGACGUUGGGCUAACAUGCAUAAUCGGAUGAGGGCAAAAUUGAAAAUUCCCAAUGUUGCAGAUUGGUUGCCUCACAUUCACGGUCACGUCAGUCGAGUGGGGACAUAUCAGCUUGACCUAGAUCAUGCGCAUGCAGAUGACGAUUGCGCUGGAUUUUGGUGCACAUCGGCUACGGAAGCGUGGAAGGAAUUUCAAGCAGUUGAUUAAAGCAUGAACUAUCAGCUCCAAGCUGUGUGCACGGAACAACAAGCGGUGAGUUACCAGUACAGAUUGUCAGUCUAUGUACGCUGCUAAGCUCAUUGCUCAUGGCCGUCCUCGACCUAAAACCUUGACGAUGGUACGUGGCGUAAUGUUCGUUGCCACAGAACCUCUUGCCGCCGCUUCGUCGUCGGUUUACUUUGGUGAGCACGCAAUGUGGCGCACGCAACCAACCCGUGUAUCGCGUUAUCUGGCCCGCGGGGAACAUCUAGGAGGGGUGCAGUGUUGGCCCGUCUGGGAGUGAGUGUUUUGUGUUCGAGAUGGAGCGCGCGGAUGGAGAGCUGUAUGGCGGGAAACUGUCACAUAGUUUUGACUUUCGAUUGCGGACCUCAACAACAACACCCAGCUGUUCAUGGGGUUUUAAGAUUGUUUUUGGAAAUGAAUGGAGAUGUGGCGGAACGAGCAUACUUCAUAGAGGACACUCUGUAUUUUUCUCCUCUCAUGAUAUGUAAUGCUCAGCACAUUGUGUUGACUUCAUCAGGUGCCUCUUUUUUCCCAAAAUUUUGUGUAUGUUGUCAGUCAGUAGAUAGGGGAAUCAGCGAACCCCUGCAAAGAUAGCCUCGACAGACUGGAUGCGAACUGUGGGCAAUCAGCAAAAACCUGUGAAGUAGCCUUGAGAGACUGGAUUCAAACUCGAGUAUGAAUCCAGAUUCCAGAUGCAAGCAGCCUUGAGAGACUGCGAGUCGGCAAAGGCUAGAGAAGGCACUCGAGGGCAAAUGCCUCAAGGAUGCUGGAGGCACAGCAGGUGUUUUGGGCAUGGGGUAGAGCAGAUUGAGGCAAAACCCUGUGCAGUAGGCUUGAGAGACUGGAUUCGAACUUUGGUUAAAACGCAGACCGGAGUAUGAAUCCAGAUUCCAGACGCCACCAACCUUGAGCGCUGUGAGUCAGCCCAAUAGAGUCAGCAAAUGCCUCAAGGGUGCUGGAGGCAGGGCAGAUGCUUCGGGCGUGGGGUAGAGCAGAUUGACGGCAGCGAAGGCCUGUGCUUGCAGUGAGAAGCUGCCAAGGCAACACAUGGUAGCACAGAGACAUGUGAGGCUCCCGUCACAAUUCCCCCAACACAAUUCACCCUCAUUUUGACCCUAUUGGGCUGGAAACAUACCUUGUAUACGUUCAUUUUCAGGGUGCGUUAUGUUCCGGGGAAGACGAUAGCUGGCAGAAAGGCAGGGCUGUCAAAUCGAUUCACUUCCGCGCUGAGGUUGAUGGCAAAACGUGGGGUACAAGGGUGCCAGUGCAUACUGGAGAUAAGCCCUGCAGGGUUCUAGUGGGGUACAAGGGUGCCAGUGCAUACUGGAGAUAAGCCCUGCAGGGUUCUAGUGGGGUAAAAGGGUGCCAGUGCAUAUAAUGUAGAUAAGCCCUGCAGGGUUCUAGUGGGGUAGAAGGCAGUGAAGGCCCCAUCAAAAUGGCGGCGGUAGGACCAGAACUAGCGGGUAGCGCAAAGUGCAGUGUGAACUUUACAAUUGCUCAGGAAGUGGUGAAUGGUUGAGAUUGAGACUGUUCUUGAAUUGAAUAAUGGAGGACAGCACUGCAAUUGAAUCUCCGCGCUGAGGUUGAUGGCAAAACGUGGUGUAAAAGGGUGCCAGUGCAUAAUGGAGAUAAGCCCUGCAGGGUUCUAGUGGGGUAAAAGGCAGUGAAGGCCCCAUCAAAAUGGCAGCACUGCAAUUGAGACUGUUGUUGAAUUGAAUAACGGAGUGCAGCACUGCAAGGGCCGGGGUUCAUGCUAGACGGAAAGGAGAAGGUGUGACUACAGGAGCAAAUGAGGUUAUCAACUUAUCGUAGAAAACUUUUGUAACAAAAGGCGGCCGAACAA